UUGUCACAUUCUUUGUGUUUAUUUUUAUUUUUCACUAUAACGUCAUCUAAAACAAGUGUCAGAUGUAUAUUUUUAAAUCGUUUAAUCAUUUCAUGAUUAAAAUAAAGCCGUUAACAUGAACUAACCAAAAAUAUGUGUAAAAUAAAUAAAAUAAAUCUACUUUUAAUGCGGUUUAUUUUGCCGGAUAUUCUACAUGUCCAGUUGACAGGUAAAGUGGAGUCCUUCCUUCCUAACUGUGUACUGUAUUUGUUUAUAAAUGUACCUAAUAAAGUGGUCGGUUGAUUCUGUUGAAACACGUGUACUUUUAGCUGCUCAGCGCCUGUCAAUUUUGCUUCGUGAUUCUUAUUUGCCGAACCUUUUCGGAACUGUUUGGCCUCCAUAUAAGGGGCGAAGUCGUUCAUUCUGACAAUUGCUUUUAUUUAAAAACGACACGGGGACUGCAGUUACAAUUGUGUCCACUAGAGGGUACUGUUGAAUUAACUACGAUCAACGGGAUAGGCGCAUACGCUUGUGGAGCUCCCGGUUGACUCUAUUUCAGUCAUAUGUGUCAACAAUAUGCAAACGACAUUAAAAAAAGAUAUUUGACAAUAUAUUCCGGGGUUCCGCCAUUAUUUCCAAUAUAUAAAUUGGCCAAUUAUCAUUAUCAUUUCAGUUAAAAAUAAUCUGAGAGGAAAACCUCUAAAUUAAUGCAAUAAAUAUUACAGGACUCUUGAAAAUAUAUCUGUGGCCUCUUCCAAAUGGUCAAAAUAGAGAACAGGUAAAGUGGACACCUAAACCGAGUUGCAGGCUGAUCCUCAUAAUCUUUGUUGGAGGAUUAAAACACAAGGAGGAUUGCCUGAGUUCCAGACAUGAAGCUCCAGCCAUUCAGGUGCCUAUCCUCCCCCCUACUUUUGUGAAGGUUUAUCAGUUUGCAGCAGUGGUACCAAAUUGAAGGCAACGUGUGUCUCGUUAGAAGGAAAGAUAUUCACAAAGCGACAACUGCCUUCACCACAUCGUCAUUAACCUUGAGCUUCAGCAGGCAACAUCUCAUCUGCUGGCGAGAAUGCCGUCAUUCCAGAGUUCUAGUAAGUGGCGCCUGUCAGAGGUUCUGGGCCAGCGGAGACGACUGUUAGGCCUUGGCGCUCUGCUGGCCUGGUUGGUCCUCUUCCAUCUCUUGGUGAACGUCUGGCUCCUCUGCAUCUUUACUAGUCUCCUGGUUGUUUUGGGAGGUUGGCUUGGCUCGCGCGCCAUUCUGGAUGCCAACAGUCUCCUCCACUUGGAGCAUUUUUUGCCCCUCGCCUCCGCGACUCUGCCUCAGUGUUCAGCCGAACACGAGUGGAGACUCAAUCACGAGAUCCACAGCGCCGUCCACAAAGCGGUGCGGGAUUUUGUGUCUUCCUGGUAUCGCACUUUUCUGCCGGAGGUGGAAGGUGAAUUUGAGCGCGCGGUGCGCAGUUCCAUGCUGGAGUCUGUGAUGGAGCUGAAGGAACGCGCGAGGCGAGUCGACAGAAAAGUUCUGGUCCAACGACUUUUAGAGCUGUAUGGCGGCCACCUGCAGAGCUACAUGACAGCCAGACACAUGCAGCUGGAGACGCGGGGAGAGAACGUUAGCCUUUGGCAGUUUUACCAGCAAGUCGACAGCCCUCAUCCGGCUGUGAGCGAUGCGGCCACCGAGCUAAGCUACGCCAGAGCUCUGGUUAACCUCGUCCUACACGUGCUUGUCCCGUACCCUCAGAUGGAAACCAGGACCGGGGGGUACAUGGUCACCGAACUUAUCACCUGCAACGUGCUUCUGCCGCUCAUCAGCAGGGUUUCUGAUUCCGACUGGCUCAAUCAAACCAUUGUCGACGUCUUCACCAGGUCCCGAAAACCGCAGGACGGGGCGCUGUACAGGUGCGCCCUCCAUGAUUCGUGGAUCACGUGCCUGUCAUCUUCGGAUCAAGCCAGCCUCGGAAGCGAGAGCCGCUCUGAGUUGUUCAGCCCGAUGAGUGAGGAGGAUUCGUCUCAGUGCAGCACGCUGAGCCUCGAGACUUGUUCCGGGAAAGCCGCGAAUUGCCGGGCCGGUCUGCUCGCACCGUGCGAAGUCAACUGUUGUUCCCUCACAUCUGGCCGCUAUUCGCACCUCGCAGAGUCCAAGAUGCUGUCGCUGGACUCCCUGACGCAGUCCGACACGGACGAUGACAACAGCGGACGCUUGUGUGAAUGCGGCCCCUCGGCCAACUUCUGCAACACGAUGAACUUAAAAGACGACGCUGAUGAUUUUGGCUGCUUUGGCCCGUUGAAAAAUCUCGGGCAGCCGAAGGCGGUCGUGCCUGUCGAUUCACACUGGCCUGCAGAUAUUGCUCAAGAAAGAACCCCAGCAGGUCCGUCAAGCAGGCUUUGCCUGAACCCCUUCAACUUUGAGCCUCCAAACAAAGCAUCGGUGGGCAUCCAAAAUGUGCAAAUUGCGGGAACGGUCAGUGCAAGGGAGCUGCGUGGCACCGGGACGCAUCCUUAUACUCUCUACACCAUCACGUUUGAGACGGCAACGUGCCACGAAAGCGGUGACCUUUUGCAACCUGCGACCUGUCACUCGGUCAACCGCAGAUACAGCGAGUUCCUCAACUUGCAGACACGUUUAGAGGAGAACCCGGAAGUGAAGAAGUUUGUGAAGAAUGUAAAAGGUCCAAAGAAAAUGUUUCCUGACCUUCCCUUUGGGAACACGGAUGGCGAUAAGGUGGAAGCUCGGAAAGGCCAGCUGGACACGUUUCUUAAGCAACUGAACAGCAUACCCGAGACGGCGAAGAGCGAAGACAUGCAGGAGUUCCUGUCUCUGAACUCGGGGGUUUGCACAUAUUUUGGAAAAAGGCCUUUUGUCAAGUCAAGAAUUGAUAAGAUGAUGGAAAAUGCUUUGGACACACUGAAGACGGCCUUCCCUCACCCCGAAGCCAUGAGUCCGACAGAGGACCUCGAGGGAGACUCUGAUGGGAGGACACUGGACAGCAGAAAGUACAGGAGGCUCAUGUUCCCAAGCAAAGUGUCUCCAUCUUUCAAUAUAGCCGACUUACAUCCCAAAGUGACGUACUGCUUUAGUGAAGGCAGCCCCGUGCUCAAUUGCAUGUCCUUAUCCAGAUUGGAGAGCUUUGUCCUGGAGCAGGAAAGACUUUUAUGUGAGCCCCAAAGCAAAGAGCAAGCCAAGCUUAGGGAGUCCUUGGCCGCGGACAAGAAGUCUUCUGGGAAAACUCAAGGUGCAGACACAGCUGUUGCCGAUGUGGCGCUGAACAUUUUGUGUUUGUUGAUGAAGGACCAAUGGAGUUGGCUGUGCACCGAGAACAUCCAGAAGGCCAUCAGACUAAUCUUUGGCACUUUUAUCGAGAGGUGGAUGGAUGUGGGAGUGGCCCACCUGACCAGCGCCCCCUGUUGGGUCAUUUACCUCCAAGUGCUGCAGGAGGCCGUGUGGCCCGGAGGCACUCUGCCCGCCCAACCGCAGCCGGAGCGCAGCGCCGCAGAGAGAGAGGAGACCAAGGAGCGAUGCCUGGAAUGUCUCCUGCAGCUACUUCCGGAGCUCGUCACAGACAUGUUAGGCAGCGAUAAGUACAGACUGAGCUUGGAAACCGUGCUGGAGUCUUUACAGGACCACCACAUUAACAAGCACCUAGUUUACUGUAUCUGCGACUUGCUGCUGGGAUUUCUGAUACCAGAGUCGAGCGAUGAUUCUUUCCAGAGGCGUCUUCUGCAGAGUCUCUGCAAAGAUAGUCCCACCUGACGGCCAUAUUUUCACCAGCAGCUGUCUCACGGCUGGAAGUCCACGCCGACAUGAUGGAUUCAUACCCCGACUGUUUCAUGUUCUCUGUCAGAAGAGUUUUUUUGCCUGGCAUUCUGUAAAGGACUGAUCCAAGGACGUAUGCUUCUUCAUUCGUCAAAUGGAUCUCUCGGUGGGAGGCGCUGACAUGGACGAGAGUUGACACGGAGUUGUUGGUGAUGCUUCCAGGCUUGACGCCAAAACAGACAGAGAGCCAGUGAGGAAGGAUACAGAGUACAAAAACAUCAUCGCUCUUAUCCAGCCCAGCUCUGACUCCAUUUAAUCUCAAUGGACCGAAGACGAACAAAAGUACAAAGUCACCACUGUCUCGGAUUGCUUGCUGUGAUGGGGGAAAUGAGCUGCUUUACAGAUCUUCAACCUCAUGAAGGUCAUAUUGAGGUCGACACUGCCUGAGUUUUGUGGCACGAGCUAACUUUUAAGUAGAUUUGAAAUGCCAAAAUUGCAGAAGCAUGACGAGGCAGAUGGGUUUUGUUUUGUUGUUUUUAUCUGACAUAUUCAUCAAACUCUUCAUUAUUCAUUGCCUUUUUGAAGCCAUUUUUAGCCAUCACUGUGUGCUCAAACAUCAAGUUAUGAGCACAACCAGCAAAAAACAACAACAAAAGAUAAACACACAUGCUAACAUUAGCUUACACUGGACACUAAAAUCUCACUCUGCAGUCUGCUGCAAUAGUCGUUUUUCUUGGUCCCUUUUGUCUCCUCCCAAAUCUGAUGGCUAACAAUGUCGGUCACAUGCCAAGCAGUAAACACAAGAGACUUUCGCAAAGCAUUGUUGUUGAUGUUGUUGUUUUUUUAGCAUGUCUCUUAUCGACUGAUACCUUCAAUGUAUUGUGGUUUUGACACUUUGCUGCUGUGUCACUUGACAGGGAAUUUGGAGGUGUUGUUGUUUUUUUUUUUAACCCUUUGAAACGGAGAGCCGGUCAGGGAUUCUUUUAGUCCUGUGGCUCAACAAGAUUUGACACACAACAAACCAAGCCUUGUUCUUUACUGUGACAAAAUGGCCUAACAUUUCCAAGUCAGUUCAGUUGCACAUCAACAGUCACACAUUCUUUUGUAAAUCCCAGCAAGGGUUGACUUAUAACUGGAGAAUUUUUGGAUUUUCAAGAAUUUUAGGCGUAUGCUGAUGACAUGCCUUCUCUGACAUGAAAGACUCAAACACAUACAAAAGACGACACGCCACACCACAUGACGCAUAGUAUUUAAAAAGUUCUCUGUAUAUAUUGUUUUCUUAACAACAGGGAGGACCGAAUGUGACAUACGCUUUGCUGGAGUAGUUCUACAAACAGCAUAAAGAAUUAAAAAAAACAAAGACUGUUGUCUUUACCUGAUUGGCUGCUUAGUCAUAAAGUGCUACCAAAUGUGUUUUUUAGUACCCGAUAAAUUUCUGACAAACCAAUAUAUUUUUUAACCCUGGACAGAUACGGGACAGUUCAUGGGGCUUUGGGCCACACUCGCUCUUCCAAAACUGGGACCAGGUUAGCAUAGCAUACGUUGGUUUUAUGUUCGAUUAUCAAACCAUGCUACUAUGUACCCUUGAUAACCUGUCACUUUUAUGGAAGGACGGAUUAAAUGUCUCAGACUUUUUAAAGAGUUUUUCAAAUCUUUCAGAUAAUAUGGCCUAAAAUCCCCCAUGGUAAAGAAGAAACAGAUAUUCAGUGAGCCUAGCUUGAUUUAGCGCACUUAUUCUGUACAGUCAGUAGCUUCUGCAAAUGUUUUUGUUGUGAACAUUAUUCGCGUUCCAUUGAAUUACGAAUGUCGUAAUUUGAUAAAGUAGGAGAUCAGUCGAGGCAACAUGUGGGCGCCUUGUUAAUUUUGGAGGGCAACCUAGCUGAGUUCAACUGUGGGGUUAAACUGUGAAUGAAUCACCAGUCUCGUUAGCAGCGACAUGGCGUUCAGCUGUGAAUGUGUCACAUCUAUUGUUUGCGGUACGAUCCCGCUCCAGCUGAAGUCAGCAGAUCGGCAGCGAUGCGCGCCGAUGCGGCUACUCGUUGGACAUUUCCAUGAACCCAUUCACCGUCACACCAAGGGGCUACAAAGCAGCUCAUUGAGAUCGUGACCUCGGUGAGCCGACCGUUCAUUUCAGCGAACGCACAUCUGCUGCUGAUCACGCAAGCAGACAACACACAGACGGACACCGCAUCGGUUAUGUCAUGUCUUCACAUGUUUUAAAUGAGUUUGAUGUUUACAAGGAUAAAUCGGCUCAGGGAAGAAAAAAAAAGCUAUAGGGACCACGUUGACGCGAAUUUUUAAAAAUGCAAGUUUUCCAGGCGCCCGCGUCAUUGUUCUUUGAUUUUCUUCCUAAAGGAAGAAUUAUCAUUCAAGUGUUUACAAAUAUGUGUAACGUUUGUCACAAUCCAUUUGGCCUCCGCGUUAACCCCUUCAUGCACCCUGUAACCUGAUAACAUGGUAAGCCGGCCGCUGUAGUAACAGCCGUCCCUGAAAGGGUUAAUGAUUUCCAAUAAAAGAAUGGCACUGGGGGGGGUGACAUGUUAAAUUUACUCAAUUUUCUUUUGACAAGCGAUUCCACAAAAUGAAGUCAUCUGGAUCCAGAUACAUUUUUGAAGUGGAUGUUUAGUCAACUUCCAGAUUUUAAUUCCUGCAGCCAUGUAGUCUGUCCAGUAAAACUUUAUUUUUGACAAAAUGUUGUCCGAAUGUCAUGGCAGCUUUCUUGAAUUAGAUGUCAUUACAAUGAGAACGUGGACCUCAGGAAGUUUCCAGUUGAGUGUUUUCUGUAAACUGGAUGGAGACUGUUAGUUCUCAUUGUAAUAGGUUCCACAAUAAGACUUUGAGGCUUACACCAUUCCAAAUUCCAAAACUUUUCUGGAACCAUUUGAAGAUGUCCCCCCCCCCACCCCUUUUUUUUAAGUUGUCUUGUCCAAUUAAUGCCAUUGAACCUGCAACAAGAUUUGACUGUGAACUCGGGCAACAGGCCAUUGGGGGAAACAAACAAAUGUGUCGAUUGGCUGCCCUCCAAGUUCUCCCUCAUCUGUUCUUAUGUAGGUCAGACGACUCAGCCCUUGGUGAUAUAUCGACACUUCUCUCAAAAAUGUGACUCAAAAAUAAGGGAAAAAAAAAUGAAAGCUACAAUGUUUUAUGUCAGCACUCCAGACAUUUCUCACGGUUGGUGUCUGCAUGCAGACGCAGCUCCCCUGAUCCAUAUAUGCUUGAUAUUUUAGUCAAGAAACCUCAACCGAGAGGGUGUCUAAGAGCAUCGGUAAGAAGAGGCGCUUUUUUUUUCAACUUUUAGGCUUUCUCGUUGAUCUGCGCAGAAGCAGUGUACCGGUCAUUAAUCACGGAAAUGUAAAAUGUCCAACUUUUCAUUCAAAGCUUUAUUUGGAAUAAAUAUAUUCAAAGACAUUUCAAUUGUGUGUUAAAAAAAAAAGAUUUGAAAAUAUUUACAUGAAAUUUUGCACAGAGCUGAAUAAAUGUAUACAUAGUAUACAGCGCAGCCCAUAUAAUCUUGUUUCUUUUGCUGUACAAAGUGCAAAAGUUGAUACGAUUAAAAAAUAGAAAUCAAAGUCUGACGCUAAAAGGAUCCAUCCCGUGGCGGGAUGUUGUAUUGGACAAGGUGGGCCUUUUUUUUUUUCUUUUUUUUACAAA